UCACUCGCGAAAGAAAGCAGAUUCACUCGCCUUCUCUCUAUUUUCCCGAGAAAAAGAAAAACCGCCCCCUAGAAAAGGAAAGAAAGUUCGCCGAUCGGAAUGGCUCGCACGAAGCAGACGGCUCGGAAGUCCACCGGGGGCAAGGCCCCGAGGAAGCAGCUGGCGACCAAGGCGGCGAGGAAGUCGGCCCCGGCGACCGGGGGCGUGAAGAAGCCGCACAGGUUCAGGCCUGGGACGGUGGCGCUGAGGGAGAUCAGGAAGUACCAGAAGAGCACGGAGCUGCUGAUCCGGAAGCUGCCCUUCCAGCGGCUGGUGAGGGAGAUCGCCCAGGACUUCAAGACCGACCUCCGGUUCCAGAGCAGCGCCGUCGCGGCCCUCCAGGAGGCGGCGGAGGCGUACCUCGUCGGGCUGUUCGAGGACACCAACCUGUGCGCGAUCCACGCCAAGCGCGUCACGAUCAUGCCCAAGGACAUCCAGCUCGCCAGGAGGAUCCGAGGAGAGAGGGCUUAGUAAAAGGAAAUGUGGUUAGAUCGUCAUCGUUACAGGGGAUGUUUUGAUUGUAGCAGGCGAGGCUGAUUUCUCUUUUAGCUUAGUAAUGAAGAAUUUGAAUCGGUGUUAUGCAGAUGUACAUGUUUGGCCAUUAAUGGAAUGUGGGUUUGCUUC